UUCGAUCAAUGAGACACGGAUACAUAUUGUCAAUUCCAACCAAUCACAACGUCUGUUACAUUUGAACAUGGUGACGAGUGUUGUAUACGUGUGUUUAUCUAUCGAGUUGAUGCCUCUGCGUGUUGACACUUGAGUAUCGUGCGUCGCGUUCUUACCUGCAGAUCGGACCAACUGCAUCAAACCAUACAGCCGUACUGGGAAUCAGCCUUUAUUCACCGGCAGCUGCAGCUAUUCAUCGGGGGCGACUUCGAUAUCAACAUCCUACAUCAUGUACUCUGCCAGAUUCCGAGGAAGCAACAACAACUCAGUCCUUUCAAGAAGGUCUCGCAGGAUGCGCAGGAUGAACUACUCAAGGUCACUCCGGGCCUACAACAGCGUCAGAGUCAGGCCUCGUGCAUCAGAGCGUGACGAGAAGUUCCUACCCCCGGCCGACCCCAGCAAGGAGAAAGAGAUAAUUAUACGCCAUCAAGAGGAAACAGUGCCGAAGAAGACAGAAGUUGAGAAGGUGGAACUGGAGACGAAGCUUCACGUCACCGGAGUCGACCUGCACUUCGCCGAAAAUGCCAAGGAACACCACACGGACAUGUACGCAUGCGCGAAGGAAUCCGAAGGGAGACAAGCAGAGCUGGUUCUCCGUAGAGGUCAAGAGUUCAAGAUGACCAUCACCUUCGAUAGGCCAUAUGACAUCAAGAAGAAUGACAUCACGCUGUUGUUCAAUUUAGGUGACGAGUACAAACCAAACAACAGACUGAACGAGAAGUUCCGGGUAGACGAAACUGGGGCCACCAAAUACAAGCCAAAGAAGUGGGGUGCGACUGUGAUCAGUCAGGAGGGAAACACCCUCACACUGUCCGUCUUCGUCCCCGCAACCACGCCUAUCGGGGAGUGGGAGUUCGCUAUCAGGACUAUCGUGGACGUCAAGGACGGAAAGGAUCAAAUCUGGCAGUACAACCACACAGAGGACUACAUCAACAUCAUCUUCAACCCAUGGUGUAAAGAGGACUGGGUGUACAUGGAGGACGAUGUCUGGAGGACUGAGACGGUCCUCAACGACAACGGCACCCAGUACUACGGCAGCUUCAGAAAGGUCGGCGUCAGAUCGUGGGCCUACAACCAGUUCAAUUACGGUAUCCUGGAUGCUGCUCUCCACCUCGUGCGGAAAGCUUUCGGGUUCAAGGCCACACCCGCUAUGGCAAGCCCAGUGAAGGUCUCCAGGAUGAUCGCAGGGAUUGUGAACGCCCCCGACGACGGCGGGGUCCUGGUGGGCAACUGGAGCGGCGACUACACCGGCGGCUGCAAGCCCACCGUCUGGCAGGGCAGCGAGAAGAUCCUGCUGGAGUACAUGAAGACCGGGAAACCAGUGCGGUACGGCCAGUGCUGGGUGUUCUCAGCGGUCACCACAGCUGUGUGCAGAGCUAUUGGACUGCCUUGUCGCAGCGUCACCAACUACGCCUCCGCCCACAACACCGACCAGGAGAGACUCAGCAUCGACGUCAUCAAAAAGAACGUGGACGGAGACAUUGAGGAAACAAAGGACGAUUCUGUAUGGAACUUCCACGUCUGGAAUGAGGUGUACAUGAGACGCCCGGAUCUGAACACUGACGCCAUAAAGUACGACGGCUGGCAUGUCAUUGACGCCACGCCCCAAGAACGCAGCGAUGGUGUGUUUACCUGCGGCCCCGCGCCUGUGGUUGCCAUUAAAGAAGGUCACUUGAACGUGGGCUACGACACCAGCUUCAUCUACGCUGAGGUGAACGCCGACAAGGUGGAAUGGAAGAGCAGCAACGUGGUCGCUAAACUCGUGGAGAAAAAGCGCCUAAGAAAUGCUGUCGGCAAGAAGAUUAGUACCCACCAGCCUACAGGCAAGCCAUACGUCUCUCCAUCUUUUGGCAGCUUCUUGUUUGGAAACGACAACUUGGAAAGGGAAGACGUCACAGAGUUCUAUAAAUAUGAAGAAGGCUCGGAGAAGGAGAAGACAAUUCACCGUUGUGCUGAAAAGCAAUUCCGUCUGAUGAACGGCUGCGAGGACGAGUCCGAUUCUGAGCAUGAAGUCCAGUGUGGCAGCCUGGCCAUUGAGAUUGACGAGAUGGACGAUAUCACUGUGGGCAGCCCAUUCACCUUCAAGGUGAAGGUCAAGAACACUUGCAAGAAAGAAGAUCGCACCGCCAAAGUCAGCCUGAAGGUGUUGUACAAGACCUACUUCGACUCCGUCACGGGGAUCGCGGCUCUUAAAAAAUUCGACGAAACCAAGAUAAAGGCUGGUGCCAGCCAGGAAUUCACGAUAACGGUAGAUGAACAUCAAGCAAAUCAGAGGCCACAAGAUGAUUUCAACUUUGAGCUGAAAGCCGUCGCCAUUUGCACGGAAGACGAAGAUGACAUCGCAACAGAGGACAUGGACUUCCGUAUGAGGAGACCCGAUCUGGAACUCUCGGGCCCAGCGACAUGUGGAUUGUUAGACACCAUCAAAGUUGAUGUCUCAUUCACAAACCCCCUGGCGGUGGCGCUGACGAGGUGCUCAGUUUCGUUUGCGGGAGGUUUCGAUCCAGUAGGUACUACCAAGGACACUAUGAAAAUUAGCAACAUCGGGCCUGGCAUGUCAUGGAACACUACCCUCAAUCUCCGCCCUCAAGUUCAGCCUCGCGGACAGUCCAUGCGAGCACUCAGUAUCGGGUUUGAAUCCAAGGAACUUAGUGACAUCACAGGAAAAUAUUCAGUGGAACUUAAGAACUGAAAUUAAAUAUACCGCAAGGGUACUGUUGUAGAUCUGGGUAAUGUUAUAGACUAGGUGCUCUGUUAGACUGGGGUUGAGCCUACCGUACUGAUAGUAAUAAAUGUCACAGAUACCCCAAGGAUAAGAAAUCAGAAACAAAAAUAUAAACAUAAAUAACACCAUAAAUUGAAACGUGUCUUAUCCAUUGAGUUCUGUAAUACAAUACAGAAUGUAAAUGUAAAUACUACUUCGGGUUCAUUAUAACUGUUUAUAAUAGACCAAACCUUGUUUAGUUUUAUAUCAUUUAACACCUGUGCAUGGUGUAUAUACUGGACGUAUUAUAAUGGUACUGGAAGUGUUAUUAGUGUCCAUGUUAUUGCAUCCUAGUGUUGAUGGCGACAUUGUGAAGAUUAUCCAAUACGUGAAAAACCGUGUACCCGCAACACAGCUUUGACAGGACCAAUACUCAAAGACUAAGUAUUGUAUAUUUACUGUUUCUACAUCGCUCUUGUAGUUAAUUCUUAAGACGAUCUUGCCUGGAGUCUUUGCAAUUGGUUUUAUUCAGUCAUUUUCCAAAUAAACUAUGUGAUGUUUGUUCCUUGUCUUAAAUGCGUCAUGAAAUUAUUAAGUGCAGUGUUACUUUGAAAUUGAAAAACACAUCUCCUGAAUCGACAAACUCCAAGAAUGAAGAUUUAGAUAUGAUAUUCUGUUUAAUAACUGACAUGUUAUCUCACUUUCAUGAUGUCAUAAUGUAAGAAGGAAACGCCUAUUAAGGUAACUACAGCGACGAAGCUUGUAAGAUUCUGGAUGUUGUUACACGUCUACAUAUUAGCGUUAUCUUGAGAGCGUAAAUACACACUGUUCUGAUGACAUUAAUCAUUAGGUAACUUCAAUGUUUUGUAUGUAACUAUCAAAUGUUUUGGCAAGGUUGCCAAGAAUUAUGACGUUGUCAUAACUGCUUGAUCAAAUUAUGUUUGGCGCUCCUUUCAUUGUUUAUCGGGAGAUUUAUUAUGUACUAUAUGCCAUUGUUUCCGGCAUGUCCUGGGCAACUGUAAGGGACAAUUUCCUUCAUAUUCUAUAUUUAAUAAUGUCGUAGUUAGGAGAAGCAUCUUAUACAUAUAUCGCGAAGUUUGAGAAUUUCAGAUUCAUAAUUUAUUAUUUCAACUCUGUUGACUUUCAUCCAUCUAAACAUUGCAUGAUCCGAACUUCCAUGUUGUGCCUUACACCAGUAGAGGGGGCACGGGUGGCCCAGUCGUCUAAGGCGCCGCGAUUCGCUGUGCAGAGUGACGUCCCCUGGGCACGAUUGUGGGUACGAAUCCCGGCUCGACCCGGUUAUGUUUCUAGGUCGAAGUGGAAAAAACGUCUGAGACCUGCAUCACUUCGGACUUUUCCCCCACAUUAAGCUGACACGCCGUGAUAUAACUGGAAUACUGUUAAAAGUGGCGUUAAACCCAACUAACUCACUAACUCACUCACUACACCGGUAAAGCAUUCCGAACUGCUGAGCUCACGGCGUCUCUGAUACACUGAGGACCUGGUCAGUUCCAUGCAUCCCUGCAUGUCAUGUUUUCGUGAUGUAGAAUAUGGUAUCCGGAGCAUUAUUGUUAUUUACUCUUUCUUUUGUCUAUUUCAUUCCAAUAUAUUUAAAUGCUCACCAAACACUGGAACUAUAUGUAUAACUUGUAUGAAUACAAUUAGUGUUAACAUUUUCUAUCCAUAAAAUGGUCAUAAAUAUUGAAAAA